UGUCAAUACGUUUCCAUUGUGGAUAUAUCAAUUUUAUAAUUGCAUUUGUGUGUGUGCUAUUGUGGGAAAAGUGAUUUUCAAAAAACCAAAAAGGAUCAUGUCUAGGGGACAAUUACCAGAUUCCUCUUCAUCUCCACCUAUGAACAUGCAAUUUGGUGGGUACAGUGCGGGAGAGCUUUCCGAAGAAGAGGUUUCGGAUCUCCCAAGCUGUGCUUUCGCCUCUAGACCUUCAUCUAACUCGUCUCUUCAACAUCACUAUCUAACUACACUACACCACAAUCCAGAUAGUGGUCAAUGUGGAGGCAGCUCCUUAGGUUCUAGUUCUGGAGACUACUACGGUUCUUCGCCAUAUCGAGUCCAAAGACAUGCUGCCAACAUAAGAGAAAGGAAACGGAUGCUGAGGUCUGCUAUUGGACCCACCGGCAGUAUAAACUCUGCAUUCGACGAGCUGCGUAUGCACGUGCCAACGUUUCCCUAUGAAAAACGACUUAGCAAAAUCGACACUCUUCGUCUAGCAAUCGCUUACAUCGCCCUGCUCAGAGAAGUCCUUACCGCCGACUGUGAUCCACUGACUUACGUCGAGAGGUGCCUCAGGGGCGAAAUCAAAGCCGAUAGGGCCAACUGGAAUACGAGUGAUUUGACAGCAAGAUUAUCCUGGAUAAAUUGGGAAAACUUGGGAGUCACGCCAGGACGAAGAAGUGCUUUAACUUCGUUAGCUUUAACUUCAGAGAAUUUAAGUAACUAAGAAAUAAUAUUUUGUAAAUAAUGUUAUAUGUAUGUUGUGUAUACUGUUUUAUAGAAGGAAGUGCAAUAUUCUUAAAAAAUAA